CUAGAGUUGAUGAAACUUCAGUGUGACAAGAGGCCUCGAUGGCAGCACUCAUUAUCUGUGCAAUUUCCUGGAGUCUAUAGCUAGAAACAAUGACCCGUUAAGCUGUUGAUAAUGGUUUAGACUAUAGCGUUUUUGGGAGGUCUCGGCUGAAGUUAGCCGGAUUGGCUAACUUCCAAGUUAGUUAGUGUUUCCGAUCAUAUUUUGUGAGGCUUAUGAGUGUGUUCGUUUCGCUUAUUUUCUAAUAUUUCAAUAAAAUGAGCGGUAUGUUUGUGGCCGCGUGCGCGGCGUUGUGCGGGUGGUAUCUUGCCUCUGCCGAAGGCGCUGUCGAAGUAAGCAUAAUCCACUUCAACGAUUUCCACGCUCGCUUUGAACCGGUCAAUCCUGUGACGGCCGGCAAAUGCGAGAAAGGAGCUGAGGAUACUUGCGUGGGUGGAUUCGCGCGCAUGCAUGCAAAAAUACUUGAGCUGAAAAAGCAAGAACCAAAUGCCUUGGUAAUAAAUGCUGGUGAUGUAUUUACCGGAACUCUUUGGUUUAAUCUCUUUAAGUGGAAUGUCACCGCAGAAUUUAUGAAUCUCUUACCAGUGGAUGCGCAGACAAUUGGAAAUCAUGAGUUUGACAUCGAAGGGCCGCAGGCUGUCUUGCGAUAUUUAAGCCUGAUGAAGAAGGAAACACCGACUGUGCUUUCAAACGUUGACUGUACGAAGGUCCAAGAGCUGCAGAAAUACUUAAAAAAAUGGACAAUCGUACGGAAAGGUGAUUUGCGUAUUGGCAUCGUUGGAUAUGUUUCGACGAGUUUCCCGACCAUGGAGAACACGGGCGAUCUGAUUUUUGAAGACGAAGUGGAGGCAACGAAUAAAGCCAUCAAGGAACUGAGAAAUCGCUAUGUUGAUGUGGUCGUGGCCAUCUCCCAUACUGGAUACAAAGAGGAUAUGAGAGUUGCACAGCAGGGUUUGGACGCAGAUAUAAUAGUUGGCGCUCACUCACAUACUUUUUUGUAUACUGGUACUCCUCCGUUGUCCACCGACAAACCUGCAGGGCUUUACCCAACGGUCAUAACUCAGCAAAGUGGUCGAAAAGUUCUGAUUGUACAAGCCUUGGCUUACUCAAAGUACAUGGGCUUUCUAAAAGUAAAGUUUGAGAAAAUUGCUGGACAGUAUCAGGUGUCAUCGUGGGCGGGCAACCCUAUUUUGCUGGACAAAACUGUGCGUACAGAUCCUGCCAUAGAGGCGAAACUUCAACCCUGGCGCAGCGAUGUUGAUCUGGUCGGGUCGAGAGUGGUGGGCAAUACACUGGUAGAUUUGGACGCCACUAACUGGGUCUGCCACUUGGAGGCAUGCACGAUCGGCAAGAUGCUCACGGAUGCCAUGGUCUAUGAGUACACAAAACAGAGAGAGGGUCGCAGUUGGACAAGAGCGGGUGCAGCGGUCCUCCAUUCCGGCGGAAUACGAACUUCGAUCCCAAAUGGAAAUAUUACUUUUGGAGAUGUGUGGAGCGUCAUACCGUUCGAGGAUAGAUAUGGUAUGGUAGAACUCAACGGACAGCACUUCAAAGAAAUGUUGGAAUUCUCAGUGGACCAUUAUAAUUCACCGUUUCUGCAAAUGUCAGGUGUAAAAGCGAAAUUCAACAUGACGCAGCCGAAAGGAGAGCGAGUCUCGGACAUCUUCGUACGAUGCUCAACAUGUCCUGUGCCAGCAUACGAGCCGCUUCUCCCACACAAAUACUAUCGCAUCAUAAUGUCCGAGUACUUGUAUAAUGGAGGUGACGGCAUGGAUCUUAUCAAAAAACGAGCUAGAUUUUGGGCACCAGGAAAAGGUGACACUGAGGUCAUAAUGAGCUACUUGGAAGCUUUCAGCCCGUUGAUUGUGGAACUGGAUGAGAACAUCGCCGUGCAUAUGACUUCUGAACACGCUACAGGCAUCAGAUCAGCUAAAAAAAAUAAAUAUGGUCCGUAAGAAUCUCAGAAGGGAUGGGAGACAUGUUCCCCUCUUUAUUGUUAAAAAGAAGUAACCAACUCACAUAGCUACUCUUCUUUUGAUCGAUAUGUCCCUAAUAAAAACGAUACAUAAUUAUUCACUCGCGGAUAUAAAUGUUGAUGAUUGUUGUAAAUUAUUCCCAGAAGAUCUGCUUUUAUACCUUAAGGAUCAUGGCAAACUAAAAUAAAUUAACUUUUAUUUGA